CUUCUGUGAUAAUACUUUGAUUUUGGCAAAACUGCCUGUGCUGCUGGAAAGAUUGCACCAUCUAAGGACUUUUGGACCAGGUCUAAUUAGCAGUGUAGGUAGUGGGGCUACAAAGCACUUUGGCAGAAUCGCAGCAGUGCUGAUUUGACAAGUUUAAUUUUUCCUCUGGGAGACCCUUUGGGGAAUAAAUCUUCUCUUCAGUGACUAAUUACCUGUUUGAAGAAGGAGAGCCCCAAGGGUGAGGAGCUGGAGGUGCAUUAAACUGCCUUCCUUAGGCCAUUGACAACCUGCAAAGGGAGAAACUUUAGGAGGUAAAAAAACAAGGGAAAGUUUCACAUGGAAAAAUCAUUGGCUUUUCUUUUUUUAGCUUCCAUACUGCAGGAGAACAACGGUCUAAAGCUGUUUCUCUCCCCUUCUCUCUCCUUGGCCCCCACUUCUCAAAAUGCAAACAUCCCUCCUCACUCCCCAGGGUGCUUCUGGCCGCCCCCACCCAGGAGCACCCAGAUCUGGGGGAGCCCUGCGUCCCUCCAGCCCCGCUGUCUCAUCCACAGGUGGAGCCCGCUCCCGCUCUGCUGAUCAUGGUCAACAAGACCUUAAAUUACUGGGGUCCCGCUUUUGAGGAGGACGUUAUCAACAUCAACGUGGGCGGUCUGAGGCGGCGGCUCAGCUCCAGCGCCCUCUCCAAGUUCCCCGACACGCGCCUGGGCCGGCUGCUGUCCUGCGACUCGGAGGAGUCCAUCCUGCAGCUCUGUGAUGACUACGACGUGAGCGCCAGGGAGUUCUACUUCGACCGCAACCCCGGCUUCUUCCUCUACGUCCUCCACUUCUACCAGACGGGGAAGCUGCACGUCAUGGAGGAGCUGUGCGUCUUCUCCUUCUGCCAGGAGAUCGAGUACUGGGGCAUCAACGAGUUCUUCCUGGACUCCUGCUGCAGUUACCGCUACCACGAGCGCAAGCUGGAGAGCCGGCACCACAACUGGGAUGAGGAGAGCGAGGUGAGCAGCGUGGACACGUCCCCUGAUGAGAUCUCUGACAUCAACCACGACCUGCUGCGCUACAGCACCCUGCGCUGCGGCAACCUGCGCAAGCGCCUCUGGCUCACCAUGGAGAACCCCGGCUACUCCAUCCCCAGCAAACUCUUCAGCUUCGUGUCCAUCAGCGUGGUGCUGGUGUCCAUAGCUACCAUGUGCAUCCACAGCAUGCCCGAGUACCAGGAGGUGGAUGAGAAUGGCAACGUGCUCGAUGAACCCAUCCUGCACAAGCUGGAGUACUUCUGCAUCUCCUGGUUCACCUUCGAAGUUUCCUCCCGCCUCCUGCUCUCACCCAACCCCAGGAAGUUCUUCAAGCACCCGCUGAACCUGAUUGACAUUGUCUCAGUGUUGCCCUUCUACUUCACCCUCCUGGUGGACGUGACCAUGGGCAGUGACUCGGAGCUGGGCAACCUGGGCAAGGUGGUGCAGGUGUUCCGGCUCAUGAGGAUAUUCCGGGUGCUGAAGCUGGCUCGGCACUCCACUGGACUGAGGUCACUGGGGGCCACCUUGAAGCACAGCUACCGGGAGGUGGGCAUCCUGCUGCUCUACCUGGCCGUGGGGGUCUCUGUCUUCUCGGGAGUGGCCUACACUGCUGAGAAGGAGGAAGACGUCGGCUUCGACACCAUCCCGGCCUGCUGGUGGUGGGGCACAGUCAGCAUGACCACCGUGGGCUACGGCGACGUGGUGCCCGUCACCGUGGCAGGGAAGCUGGCGGCCUCGGGCUGCAUCCUGGGGGGCAUCCUGGUGGUGGCACUGCCCAUCACCAUCAUCUUCAACAAGUUCUCCCACUUCUACCGCAAGCAGAAGGCGCUGGAGGCGGCGGUGAGGAACAGCGGCAAGAAGGACCCCGAGGAGGGCGGGAGCAUCUCCAGCCGUGGCCGGGACUCAGAGGCUCUGAGCGAGACCUCCCUGGGCAGGGGCAGCCCCGACCGCCGUGGUCUGACCCCCGGCGCCCACCCCAGCCCCUGAGCCUGGCACUGCGGCCCUGGGGCACGAGGGACCUGCCUGCUCACGGUGAGUGUGGCACCGCCCCUGCCCUGCCGAGGACAGCAGGGGUUGGAGGGGAUGCCCGGUGGGUGCUGGCUGCUUCCAGACCCUGUGCUUGCCUGGACGUGUCUCAGCCUUCACCUUGUUCACCCGUGGCUGCAAAGGGAGGUUGUGGUGCUGGAUAUAGCCCUGCCAGACAGGGAGGCAGAAAAUCAGAAAUACAAGUGACCCCCCGAUCAGGCACUGCCCCAGAUGUAUGGAAAGGGAUUCUCCUCCAUCCUGAGGUUUUGUGUUGUCCAGGGUGAGGUUAAAUAGCUCAAGGAUGAGGCAGCUCUCAACCAGGCUGGCAGCCCUUACAGAUCCUGUGCCAUGUCGACAAGUCCAGCCCCAGCCAUGUCCUACCCCCAGCUGGAAACAGUCUCAAAAGGCUGAACUGCCCCCUAGCUAUAAAGGAAAGGGGUCUGGGAAUGAGUCUGUAUGGGAGGAGAGGUAGUGUCCAGUUCAGGGUGAGCCCCAUGGUCCCCAGCCCCUGCAGUGGGAUCGACUGAACCUGCCCUUCUUUCCAUUGGAGCUAGGAUUUAUCUGCUCUCCUGGGAUCUGGGGCUGUGCUGGGAGUGUGGCACAGCUGGGAGCACUGCCCACACCUGGGGAGGGACACCAGCUGGGGAUGACCAGGCAGAAGGGACACUGAACUCUGAGGCAGCAGCAGUCAAAGGGGUCAAGCUGGGGGAAUUGAGGAGCCAAUCCCAGUAGGGCUGUCCCCCAAGCCCUGGUCUCCAUCACCACAGUCCCUAGCCUGGCUUAAUCCUGCCUCUUCCCUCUCUGUCUCAGGGCCAGGCAGGGGCAGGAGGGCUGUGAGGAGGGGGUCACACUGCCCCGGGUGUCCCCACAGGGAGCUGAGCUCCCCGGGUGCCGCUGCACUCACCCUCCUCUGCAGGGAGAGCUGGCACAGAGGGGACCUGGCACCGCUUUUGUCACCGCAGCCUCAGCACCUCACAGCCAGGCAGGGUCAGCACCUCACAGCCUGGAACACCAAACCCCCUCCCUGCCUGGACCCCAGUCCACCUGAGCACCUUUGGGGCUGCUCCCAGCACAGCAUUAAUUCCCUACAGAGCUUUUCCUUGCCCUCCCACCCCCCAUUCUCUGGAAAUUGUGCAGCUCCAUUGCACGCAGAGGAGUGCACCCAGCAAUGCCUGUUCUGAGCAGGAGAAAUGUGCAUGCCACAAUCCCACCUCAAACACGUGUUGGAGGCUGCAGAAUGACCCAGGUACCUGCAUCACUGUUUGCUGCUGGUUGUCCUGGCUGGGCUGCAGUGCUGGCUCUGCCUGCAGUGAUCUGC